AUGAUUCUCCAAUGGACCAAAGCUGAGCUCACAAGUCCUUUAAGGAGGGCCCCCCACUCUUCUCCCUACAGAAGGUCCGUCGUGGGGGCCUCCCGGGGGGCCCCCCUGCCGGGGGCCCCCCUGGGGGCCCCCCUGGGGCCCCUCGGGACCCUGGGGGCCCCCCCGCAGCACAGCCGCGCUCUCAGGGAGCAGCGCAGAAGGCAGCAAGAAGAAAGCGAAGCAAAAAUCCAACUGGUCAAACAAAGACUGAUGGUGGAGCAAGUGCGGGAGCAGCAAGGCCUUGGCUGCACAAUUUGCCAAGAAGCAAUUUUGUGGGGUGAAGAAGUGCUGCGGGUGCCGGGGUCGCAGCAGCAGCGGGAGGCAGGGGCCCCGUGGCUCCAGCAGCAGCAGCAGCAGCAGCGCCAGCAGCAGCAGCAGCAGCAGCAGCAGCAGCAGAGGCCCCUAGCGCCGCAGGGCGCUUUCCCCUCGCCCAAGAAGUGGCAGCAGACACCACAGAAGGAUGGAUGGACAUUGAACUUGGGCCCCGCACUUCGCAGCAAACAACUGCUGCAGAAACAGCCUCGGGGCGAAUUCUGCUGCUUCUUCGGUGCAGCAGCAGCAGCAGCAGCAGCAGCAGCAGCAGCAGCAGCAGAGGAAGUAUCAGCAGCAGAGAGUGAAGCAGCAGCAGAGAAAGCAGCAGAAACGGAAGCUGCUACGACAGCAGCAAGACCAGCAGCAGCAGCAACGAAGACAGCAGCAACAGGAGCAACGGGAGCAACAGCAGCAUGGCAAACAGCAGCAGCAGCAGCAGCAGCAGCUGCUGCUGCUGCUGCACUUUUUGAAUUCGCGUGUGCCAAUUCAUGUUUGCUGCAGCAGCAAAUUGCGUUUAAUUUCUCAAAUGGACUUUGGGGCUGCAGCAGCAGCCCGGGACGACACUGGAGCAGCAAGCUGGCAUGA